AUGAGGUCCAUUGCUUCGUGUAGCUUCGAAACGUGCUCCGUCACCGAAUCUCCGUACGGAUACCCACCAAGUUCGAUAGCCGAUACUAUCUUCUUAAUCAUCCACACGGGGGCUUUGAUUGCCUCUCUAAUCCACACAUUUUAUCUAGCCGACACGAGAAAAUGGCUAGCGUUCACUAUUCCGGUCUCCUUCACAUGCGUCCUUGAGAUUGUUGGAUAUGGGGUUCGAAUCGGAAGCUCGUCUGAUCCUUGGAACGUGAACUUAUAUGCCACCUCAACAACAUUCAUCAUACUGGCCCCAGCGUUCAUGUCCGCAGGCCUCUAUCUCACUAUACCCGAAGCGAUUAAGGUCUUGGGCGUAGAACAUUCGCCUAUAGACGUCGCGAGAUAUCCUCGUCUAAUUUGGAUGGACAUAGUCGGGUUCAUCCUUCAACUUGUCGGAAUCGUCAUCUCCUUCUCAGACCUUUCCGUUAACACAGGUCUUGGGCCGCAUGUUAAGACCGGUAGCCCAAUUAUCGCAGUCGGCGUCGCAUUACAAGCUAUCUCCCUCCUCAUUUUCCUAUUUCUCUUCAGCGUUGUAUUAUUUCACGCCGCCAUGGCGCACAGCCAGUUUGGAUACACGACUUUCCAUCCACAGCACGGCUUCGUACCAAUGGCGCAUCGAUUCAAGUUUUUCGUGGCGAUGGUGUUAGUUUCAACUAUGUGCUUAAUAGGACGAGAUCUAUAUCAGGUAACGAUACUGGCGGAAGGGUUGGAUAGCUGGAAUGCGAAGAAUCAGGCCCUCUUCGCGGGACUCGACGGCCUCCUUGUUGCGGAAGCAGUCGUCGGUUUAGUAAUUGCACACCCCGUAAGAUUUCUACGGGACGGGAUAGAAAAAAGACAGCGCAGUGGAAGCGCAACUCCAAUGAUCGAGGGAAAUAGGGCAAGCCAGUUCGGUGUGGUUCGCCCGGUUCGGCGGGACCUUGCCCCAUGGAGUAGCUAG